AUGGCUUCACAAACAGCCCCGACGCCAUCGCGGCAAAUAACCGAACGCCGAACACAACAAGAGAGAGAAGAUUGGGAGGACUGGGAAGAUGACGAUGUUGUAACACCCAUCAUGGACGACGAAGAGGAACUCAUCACGAAUAAGUCGGCUGCGCCCAGCCCACUGCGACCAAUGAAGUCAUCGUCGACCAGAUACUCGCAGUCCCGGUACUCCGUUCAAAAAAUCAGACGCCUCAAAUCUCGACAACGUCAGAAGGCUCAAAAUGCGAAAGCCGGGAUCAAGCUGGUGACGGACAUGACGGCCUUGAGGCAACAGCAAGCCGCCCAGAACGGCAGCCCUCAGAUACCUCACCCCAAGUUUGUUGAUGCUGCAGCACUGCGAGCUUUGGAGGGUGAGCCCAACUCUGCUUCAGUCGGCAAUUGGAACUGGUUGAAGAAGAAACCGUGGGACUCAAAUAACAACUCGCCUGCUUCAAGCGGCAAGUCUCCCCAAAGUGCCACCCGCAGUACUCGGCAACAAGACCUUUCACCGAACGACCGCCCCAUUGUCAUUGGGAUUGCCUUGCCAUCGGAUAUGGCCAACCGAGAAAUCAGCCCCCAAACAGCUGUUCUGGAGACUCCCCAUGACCUGCCACCCAGAUACAACAAACAGCCUACCACAAGCCCAAACACCGUCACUCCCUUGACUCCUUCUCAACAAAGAUCAGUUUGGAGCCCCGACACGCCAGACUCUGCAAACUCUUUCAAGGCUCCGCGAGCGACCUCCAGCAUCUACUCACAGGCCACUGGUCUGGGUGUCCGUGUCGCUCAUGACGCACCCCCAGUUCCCUCUGUGCCCUCCACCUACAAGCAGCAAGAAAGGGUGGUCAGCAUUGUUCUCAAGGACAAUGAAGACGACGACGAUGAUGGAGGCAGCCCUUGCACUUUGUUCGAGGAGGAUGGUGCGGCUUCCAACCGGCGAAAGUCGGUCAAGGCCAAGGAGGUAUCAAAGAGCCCUGGAAGUGCUGAGACCCAGACCCGUGGUUGGUGGGAUCAUGUCACGACCCCAUUUAUGGACAGGAAGAGCCCCAUCGCCACAUUCAAGAAUGAAUCACAGCCAGUCAAACAAACACAACACGACGACUGGUGGAGUGAAAAGGAGUCGAAGGUCGCAUCACCCAAAACUACAUCAACGGAGCCCACAAUUGUCAAGACUGUGGAAAUCCAGCAAGUUGUUGUUCAGAAACCCGGUCUACCUUCAUCGCCUAAGCCAUCACCGCGAAACAUCCAAGCUCCGAUUGUCAGAGUUCCUACACCCAGGCGAAGUCCAUCACCACUCAUGGACCGUCGCGAACCUUCCCCAGCGUUAUCGUCUCGUUCAGCCACACCGAGACUGCAGGUUCAUUCAGAGAAAGUUCCCAUCCCCGAGCCCAGCCCGGCGCCGUCCGAACAACCUCCCCCAUACUCGCCUCCCCAACAGCAAAAGGCUGUCAGAUAUCGUGCCGUCUUCCCUGCAGGUCAUCCACUUCAAUCGCUGUACCCGCCCUCUCCGGGUCCUAUUUCGCCCGCUAUCAACGGAACUAUGAGCUCUCAGGGCGGCAUCAGCAUGACCGACAUUCCUCUCACACCAGCCCCGAGAGACACAACUCCAGAUGGGCAACACCGCCUACCGGACAGGGUCGCUGGUACAUAUGUUCCUCAAGAGCACUUCCUUGCUGCGUCUGGUGAUGCUCAUCGGAUAGAAAGACAGCGUCGCCGCCAUGAGAAGGAGGAGGUUGUUGCUCGUAAGGCCGGAGGCUUCUGGAAAGGUCGAGGAUGUGUCCCCGCAAGUGGGUGCUAUGGCCGCCGUGGCAGAGAAGGUCGCAAGAGAAGACGAGUGUGGUUGGGAGUAUGUGGUGGCAUUCUUGCCGUCAUUCUGAUCAUCGUUCUUUGCGUAACGCUCAUCCCAAGAGGCGGCGACGCUCCUCAAAUCGACAGCAUCUUCGUCAACCUCACAAACUUCCCUCCAAUGCCGACUGGAGUUCUCUCUAUGGUCGGACCCGACAACACCGCGGCCGUUACCGGCUGUAGCAGCCCCUCGACUGUCUGGAGUUGCGCUCUGCCAAAGGAGGAGCAUGAUUCAGUGGCACCUUACCGCCCGAAUCAACCGACUUUCAUCAUGCAGAUUCAGUGGGAUAACAGCACCCGGAAUCUGUGGAACGUGCCUAAUGGCGAGAUUCCUCGACCUGGCUCGAAGAUCAAGAGAGACAGUGAAAAGCAAGGCAGUCUGAUUGCCCGAGCUGGUUCGUUCAUCCGAAGGCAGAACCCGGCUUUUAAGCCCAGUCCCGCCGCGCCGAAGUUCCAAGAAAUGUACUUCCUCGGAAACACCACAGAUGGCAUCGUCUCCGAUGAGAAGGGCGGCGAACCGACUCCUUUCUACCUCAGCAUGCUGAAGUCCACCAACGACACAGUGGGACCAAAUGCCAUGGAUAAGCGCCAGAGCUCAGGGGAUUCGUCAGGUGGCAUCUCUGUCAACCUCCCGCCGCCCGAUCUUGAAGCCGACGGUACCGGCGCCCCCGCUCAACUAUUCCCCCACGCCGUUCAACAACCAGUCCGCCUCUACGAUCGUGGCCUUCCCACCGAACACUACGGCUUCUACACCUACUUCAAGCGCACCAUCUACCUCAAGUCCGUAACCACGCUCAACGGCACCGACGAUGAGAGCGACGUCCCCCUAGACAAGGACGGCGGUUCCCGCAGGAGCGAGGCUAAGUUCCUCGUGACGUGGUCCCAGACCCGUUUCCUCGUGCAAAUCUGGACGCGGUCCGAGAACACCACGCAGCUGCUGGGCAACCGCGAUGGCGCGGACGAGGACAACAUGAUCGCGGAGAGGCCUGGCACGAUGCCGUAUCCCGUCACGAUCAAGACGGACACUCACGGCGGACAGUCCGGCGAGAAGUUCGUCUGGCACUGGCCCGUCAAUGACAGGCAGGGCAUUGACACGAGCAGCCCUAAGUUGUUGCCGAACGACCUCGGUUUCGGAGGCACGAGAGUGAACCCGCGCAGGAAUGAAGAUAUGAGUUUCGGAGGGCAAGAUGGUGGUACCGGUGGAUGUCGCUGUGAGUGGGCGAACUUCAUUGCCAGGAGGGAUAGCAGCAGCGCUUAA